AUGGAAAGUAGAGACAACGAUGUUGAAUUGAAUUUUACCCCGGCAUUGCCAAUCAAUGAUGCAAACACAGACCAAGAUGUUUUACAUUACUUACAAGCUGUGCGCAACGAGGCAAGCACAAUGAGUUCGAUUAUAUAUCAUGAUAAGGCUGAACUUACCGAUGAUGUUGCCGUUGUCUUGAACCAACAAGUAGACUCAGUUGUUGACGUCGAGUUUGACGCAUGGUCGAGCGCAUUGGUGGAUAAGUUCAAACAGUUAAAGGAGAAAAUACAAACUCAAGAUCUUGAAAAUGAUUUAUUCGACAAUAGGUACUCCCUUAAAUGGAAAACAGCCUUUAAAAACUCACCGCCUGAUGUUAACUACUUUGUUUAUGCUUUGGACAGAAAAAUGUGUUUUGAUAUUCUAGUAGAAUUAACCAAAAGGCUCAGCAUAACGAUGAAAGAAACUUUUGGGCAGUGGAUUUGGAAACUAUUUUUGAAAAUUGAUAAUAUACUAGAAGCUAGUGAGUGCUCGAUCUUGAGAGAAUUGGCUAAAACUGCCGUCAAGCUAAAGUCAAGGUUGGAAGAAAGUAGCACGGUGGAAAACUCUAUAGCAGCAUUUACUUUUGAUAUGAUUAUUGUAAUUGUCGGGGUAUACUACGGGCAAUACAAACACGAGCCAGCUAAAUCCAGAAAGGAUGCUGGUAAUGUCUUGGCCCAAUCGUUGCCAAUGGCCGCCAUGUUUAUGAGAAACAAAAUGUUGUCAUGGGCAUCGGUAUUUUUGGCAGUUCAAUCGUACUUAAAUGAACCAAUCAACAGAACUGCUGAUGAGGACCAAGGUCAGCAAUCUCCUGCAUUAAGGGUUGUUUUUGCAUUCAUUUCUUUGGUCACUUGUUACAUGGACAUAAUUUUCCCAAGUACCAAUCCAGCCGUCAAGAGGGCAGCUAAAGUUGUAUCUGAAACGGCAACCGCUGCUACUGCAGCUGCCACUGCCACGGCAAAAGCUUAA